AUGUGCGGCGUUCCGGAUGUGAUCGGACAAAACGGGCGAGACAUUUAUAACACAAUGAAGUCUACAGAGGCUCAAACGGACAAAAUCGACGUGUUAUUCGCGAAGUUUGACGAGUAUUGUGAACCCAGAAGAAACACGAUUAUGGAAAGAUACAAGUUUAAUACGCGAGUGCAAAGAAACGACGAAACAGCCGAUCAGUACGUAACUGAACUUAAAUUGCUCGCUAAGAAUUGCAACUUCGGGUCUCUUGAUGACGAGUUGAUUAGGGACCGCGUUGUUUACGGAAUAAAAUCGGAGCGUGUGAGAGAACGGUUAUUACGAGAACGAGAGUUAACGUUAGAUAAAGCGCUAGAAGUAUGUCAAAUAAACGAACAGUCUGAGGAACAACUAAAAGUACUAAACGAUGUUCAGAGCGUCAAGGCCAUAGGAAAACAUAACAAAUCAGGAAAUUAUCGUAGCAAAUUAGAUGCAAAUCGAAGGCGUGAUUUCAAGCAUAACGGCGGCAACAAACAAGAACAAAUAUCGUGUUGUGGAAAGUGCGGAAAGUCUCAUCCUGCGAAAGAAUGCCCGGCUUUUGGUAAGAAAUGUUUUAAGUGUGACAAAAACAAUCAUUUCGCUAAAUUCUGCAAGUCAAAGAAAAUACAUGCAGUAGACAAAGCGACUACAGAUGACGAAUCGUUUAUUGGAGCGGUUAAUUCAAUUCAUAACAAAGAGAAUGUUUUCAAAACUUUAUCGAUCGAGGGAAAUGAGAUCAAGUUCAAGAUUGACACGGGAUCACAAGCCAAUAUAAUACCCCCACCUACAUUCGAGAAGAUGAAGCUGAAACAAACCCGGUUAGAAAGACCAACAGCAAAGUUAACAAAUUACACUGGCGAUUAUCUACCGGUCGUCGGAGAAUGCAAUCUGAAAUGUAUCAACAAGACAUUGAAAUUUUUCGUCGUGAAAACUGGACAAGUUCCCAUCAUUGGUUUGAAAGCUUCUCAAGAACUGAAUCUGAUCAAAAUCAUCAUGAAUGUGAACAACGUGAUUGGUCAAUCAGCAGAAACCAUUCAUGAGAAAUUUCCUAAAGUAUUUCAAGGUUUGGGAUGCCUAAAGAAUCCAUACCACAUCGAAGUCGACCCUACGAUUACACCUGUCGUCAGUCCUUUAAGAAGUACACCAGUUGCGCUCAGAGAGAGGCUGAGGUCUUCGCUAGACGAUAUGGAAGAAAAGGGAGUCGUGGAAAAAGUCGAUGGUCCAACCGAGUGGGUAAAUUCGACAGUGAUUAUAGAGAAACCAAACAGUGACAAACUACGAAUUUGUCUUGAUCCAAGACCACUCAAUGGAGCUAUCAAGCGAGAACACUUCAAGAUGCCAACAAUAGAGGAAAUCACGACGCGUGUGGCCGGAGCCAGAGUAUUCUCCAAACUGGACGCAAAUCAUGGCUAUUGGCAAAUACCACUAGAUGAAGAGAGCAGAUUGCUGACCACAUUCAACACCCCAUUUGGCCGUUACUGUUAUAAAAGGAUGCCAUCUGGAAUCACGUCUGCGCAAGAAGUAUUCCAGAAACGAAUGUGUCAAUCCUUUGGAGAUCUCGAGGGCGUGGAAACAGAUGUGGAUGAUAUUUUGGUUUGGGGAGACACCGUCGAAGAGCACGACGAACGUCUGAUGAAUACCCUACAACGAUGUAAAGAGAUCAACCUCACUCUCAACAAAAUGAAAUGCGAGUUUCGAGUGAAAGAAGUCACUUAUAUCGGUCACAAGUUAACCCGAGAUGGGGUGAAACCGGAUGAGCAGAAGGUUAAAGCCGUUAAGCAGAUGCCCCCUCCCGAAGAUAAGAAAGGAGUUGAACGAUUGCUUGGUACAGUGAACUAUCUAGCAAAGUUUAUACCUAACAUGUUCACGAUAAUGCAGCCGAUUAGAGAGGUUAUGAAAAGCGGCGUGGAGUUUCAAUAG